AUGGUUUAUCACACUAGUUUUGUGGAUGAUGAAGGAGUGGACAGAGCUUGUGGAUGCCCUCUUCUUCCAUUAAAAAGCCACAUUAAGGGUCCCGCUCCUGUUUCCGAUCAAGAUAGAACUGAUAUUGUGGAUGAAGCGAUCACAUUCUUCAGAGCCAAUGUGUUCUUCAGAAACUUUGACAUCAAGAGUCCUGCUGAUAAGCUUCUAAUAUACUUGACUUUUUACAUUAAUGUUGCUCUCAAGAGGCUUGAAGGUUGUAGAACUUUGGCCGAAGGAACCAAAGCGGUUAUUAACUUGGGUCUUGAAAAUGUUCCUGUACCUGGAGAGUCUGGUUUUCCUUUUCCAGGUCUUUUUGUCAUUCCUCAAUCUAAUAACGAAGCAGAAUUGUUCAGAAAUUAUUUGAAGCAGAUAAGGGAAGAAACAAGUGGGAGAUUACUGAGUGUUGCAUACAGACCUAAUGGCACUCCAAAUAAAUGGUGGUUGGCAUUUGCAAAAAGGAAAUUUAUGAAUGUAAUCACCCGUUGA